UAUACUACAAUUUUAUGCUCUGAAUAAUCAAAUAUUAAAUUUUAUUCCAUAUUUAAAUAAAAAUUUUAGGCAAGAUCGUGUCUUGGGAAAUGUGAAUAUUGUCAAUAAUCUAUAGAACCGGCAAAACACUGGUUUAACCUCAUUACGUUUUUUGCAUUAAUGCAUGUGAUUUUGCGCGGGAGACUAAGAUUAAUAUAUUUAUUAUAUUAAUCAGUUAAUAUGAAAUUUAAAGCGUAUACCGGAAUUACAUGGUCCGUUUUGGAACUUACGGGCCUUAUAGAAGAUGAAGAUUCUUGCGUUUAUUUUGAGAAAUUUAAGAAACAUAUUGGUUUACAUCCAUUUCACUUAACGAACUUAAAUACCGCGUUAAAUGAAAUUUUAAGUUCGAAUUUGAAUUCCUACGAUCCUGACUUGAAAGGAUUUUUAUUGGCUUAUAAAAACCCUAAAUUAUUAACACCUUUGGGAGAAAUAUUUUAUGAUACAUGUUUUAUUCAUGUUGAUACUGAAGCAGACUUCUAUAUAUUUAGACCAGAAGUUGGAUGUACAUUGAAAGGGUUUGUAGGAAUAGUGAAUAAAAAGGGGCUAGAUCACAUUGGGAUUCUCGUACAUAAGGCAUUUAAUGUAUCAAUUCCAAAACCAGAUGACGAAGAAAAUUGGCCAGGUGAUAAUCUUGAAAUUGGGCAAGAAGCAAGAUUUGUAAUAACACUUCUUGAUUUUAAUAGUAAAUUACCUUUUAUUCGUGGUGUCUUAAAUGCAGAUGAUUAUUUACGUGGUUGUAGAUUAAUGCUAAAAAGCAUUAGUAACAAAAGAUUAUCUUCUGAGAAUACUAUUCAAAAUAAUAAUCAGGUUUUGGAAAAAAAUGUUAAGCAUACUAAAAAUCAUACAUUUUUUGCAACUGAUUCUGAAAAUACCACUGAUGAAGAUGUAGCAGAAGUAAAGAAAGAAACUGUCCAAUGGAAAAAAUCAGAAAAGAAAUUAAAACAUGAAGAAUCAAUCACAUACAGUGAAAAGAAGAAGAAAGAUAAGAAACAUGAUAAAGAGUUUAAAGAAUUAAAUGAAUCUAAACCUAAAUCGAUCAAGGUAGAAACUGUACAUGAUCACUAUACGAAUAAUCUUUCCUUAAAUAGUAAAUUAAUGGAAAAUGAAGAAUUAGAAUCUAUUAAUUUAAAAAGUAAAGUUAAGAAAAGAUCCAGAGUUCAACAUUCUCAAAGUUGGAUAAAUGAAGAUAAUGAUGAAGAGCCUGCACAACAUUUACCUAGCAAAAUAUCAAAUAAAUCUAUUUUAGAAUCUAAGGAUGAUAUCAUGAAAAUUAAGGUCGAACAUAAUGUAGUGAUUGGAAGUGAUAUUGAAAUUAUACCUGAAAAUAAGCCCAAGCUAGAGAGAAAAUCUAUGAAAAGAAAGAGUUUAGAUGAUAGUGAUACUUCCUUAGCUGAUUUGAAUGCAGAUAAAUGCAUAGUAAGUUCAAGGAGUAUAAAUAAAAGAAAUUCAAAGAAAAUAAAAAUGGAAGAACCGAAUGAUAAAUACACACAUGAAGUAAGCGAUGAUGCACAAGAUUCCCCAAAGAAGCAAUUUAAGAAACAUAGAAAUUCUUUAAAGUUGGAAACCUCUGAAAGUGACCAAGUCUCAAUAAAAAGAUCUAAUAUUUUAGAUUCUGAAGUUGUGUUUCAAAAUAUAAAAAUUAAGAAAGAGAAAAUUAUUAGUGAAUCUGAAAACACCCAAGACGAAGAUUAUGUAGAAAUAAAUAAAAUGUCAGAAAAGGAUCCUGACUUAAACACAUUUAGUUCUACUUAUGAUGUAGAAGAAGAUAAAAAUAAUGCUAUUAAAAAGAAACGGAAAAAACAUUCGAAGAAUGUUAUUAUAGAUACAAGCACAAUCAAAGUAGAACCUGAAUCUGAAGACGUAAUUAAAAUAGAAUAUGGAUUUGAAGAAACUGCAAUUAAAGUGGAAAAUUUGAAUAAUGAUGAUGAUAUACAUGAAGACGUCUAUUCAGAACAAGAUGUAAAAGCAACGACUAGUUCACCUAGGAAAAAACAUAGUGUCAACUUGAGUGAUGAUAAUAAUAGAAGUAACAUAAAACGUUCGAAAAAGAAAGAAGUAGAUAAAGAGAUACACAGUGGAAAAGUAAAAACGGAGAAAUUUGUAGUAAUUGAUGGAUCGGAUAUUGACAACAAUGAUGCUAAUCUUCAAAAUACCGAAAAAAAGAAAAAACAUAGUAAGCGAUCAUUACAUAAACAACUAAAUAAAUCUAGGGAAUUUGAAUCAGGUAAUGAGUCUGAGUUUGACUUUAGGAAUGUUAAAAUUAAAACCGAGAGGUUUUCAGAUAGUUAGGAAGAUAAGAAAAUACAUAUACAAUUACUAAAAAUUAAACUGUAACACAUAAUUUCAUUUUAUCUUUCUUUUUUUAAGAAAGACAUACUUAAAGUCACAUAUACGUACAUAAAAAAGGUUAUAACAAACAUACAAUAUGACAUAUUUACAAGAAUAUAUAUGUAUAUAUAUGAAUUUUAUUUUGCUAUGCUAGCAGUGACCAUAUUGAACAUAUUUUGUACAUGUUACUGAUAGAUUAUUUUUUUAUUCCAUGAAUUUUAUAUGAGUAAA